UAUUCUCAGAAGUAAGGAACGGAUGAUUCCAGAAGGUGGGCUGGCGCGCGAGGUUAUGACUGUGGAAUGUGGAUGACUCAAAUCGAUCCACAGGGAAGAUUAAAAUUUGGCAAAUAUGGCAUUCUUGAGGUCAGUUGCAACAACCACAACAGCGAUAGCUGCUUCUGCAAUUCCUGCAGCUUUCGCCUUUUCAUCUCUCUCGACAUCACCCUCAUCUUCCUCCCAAUCCCCCAAUAUCCCUCACGUCCCCUUCCUCUCCAUCUCUCAAUCCUCCAACCCAAACCGUUUCGGCCUUCUCAAGGCAUUUGCUAGCCCCGGCUCAGCUCUCCCCAUGGACGCCCCAACCUCUCCACAUAAGCAUUCCUCUCUGGUCGAUGCUGUCUUGCCGGAUUUACUGACGGAAUACAUGGUGGAUAUGAAAUGUGAAGGCUGCGUUAAUGCGGUUAAGAAUAAACUGCAGACAGUAAAUGGAGUGAAGAACGUAGAGGUGGACCUGAGUAAUCAGGUUGUUAGGAUUCUUGGUUCCACACCAGCGAAGACGAUGACUGAAGCUUUGGAACAGACUGGCAGAAGAGCUAGACUGAUUGGACAAGGGGUGCCUGAAGAGUUUUUAAUAUCUGCUGCUGUUUCCGAGUUCAAGGGUCCUGAUGUUUUUGGUGUCGUUCGCCUGGCUCAAGUAAACAUGGAACUGGCCAGGAUUGAAGCCAACUUUAGUGGGUUGUCACCUGGAAAGCAUGGUUGGUCUAUUAAUGAGUUUGGAGAUCUGACUAGAGGUGCAGCAAGCACUGGGAGAGUGUUUCAUCCAACUAACGAGGAAAACAACAAACAGCCCCUUGGUGACCUGGGAACACUAGAUGCUAAUGAAAAGGGUGAGGCGCACUUCUCAGGGGUCAAAGAAAAAUUGAGAGUGGCUGAUCUUAUUGGACGAUCUGUGGUGGUCUAUGCAACUGAAGAUAAAACAGAAAGCGGUGUAGCUGCUGCAGUGGUUGCCAGAAGUGCAGGUGUUGGUGAAAACUAUAAAAAGCUUUGUACGUGUGAUGGUACCACCAUAUGGGAGGCAAGUGAUAGAGAUUUUGUUACGAGCAAGGUCUGAUAAACUAAAAGUAUCAAAAUCAAUUGUAAUUUAUAGGUACCCUGUCCUACAAGGGUAACUUAUUUUUAGUCAUAUGUUGAGGGUACAACUUUGCUUUGAAUAAGUUGGAUUCAGCCUUUAAAUUUACCCAAGUCAGGGAAGCCAAAGCAACUAGUGAAUUGUCCUUUGACAGGCACCUAAUAUAGUAAUUCGUCUA